AUCUGACUCCCAACAUGACAGGAGGGUUGAAAAUACAAUUAGUUUGACUUCACUGUAGUUUUGUUAUACAUCUGUUUGGAUGUUUGACUGUUAUAAAAAUGAAGGUUUAAUGUAGAUAGUUUGUCCUUUGAAGCAAUUCUAUUUACCACUUCCUGUGGGUUUUGGAGGAGGUAGACACAGUUAAGAAAGGGUUAAAAAGUUUUUUUUUCUUUUUUUUUUUUUUUUAGCAGAGCACUUCAGCCUUUAAAUAGCGUCAUUUGACACACAUCUCUCCGAGGGGGCUCGAAGCGCAGCUCAUCUGCUGACCCGAACUCAAGACGUAUGGCGAGCAGCAUGAGGGCGCUCGUGCUGACGUGCAUGUUGCUGGCGCAGUGGCUGGGCGCCGGAUCGACCACGGGAUUCCAAGGGGACGCUCGGGUCGUAGCGGGGGCUACCCCCGGAAGGCACCUUGGCGGCUUCUUUGGCAACUACUUCAAAUCGAUGCGGGCCAGGAGAGCGCUGCCUUCGGCCGACGAACCAGAUGACAGCCCCAUCCCGCCGGGAGGAGACGCAUCAGACCUGCCCACUUGUCUGCUGUGCGUCUGCCUAACCGGGUCGGUGUACUGCGAGGAAGUCAGCCCGGACAUGACCGCUGUCCCUACCCUGCCCAAGGAGACAGCCUACCUAUAUGCCCGCUUCAACAAAAUCAAAAAGAUCAACACCAGGGACUUUGCUGACAUUGUGACACUGAAGAGGAUCGACCUGACGGGGAACCUGAUCUCCGAGAUCGAGGACGGGGCGUUCGCUAGGUUGCCGCUGCUGGAGGAACUGUCUCUGGCGGACAACAGGUUGGUCAAGCUUCCGGCGCUCCCCACCAAGCUGAUGUCAUUCAACGCCAACAACAACCGCCUGAAGACCAAGGGUGUCAAAGCUACUGCUUUCAAGAAACUGAACAGGCUCGUCAAUUUAUACCUGGCGAACAAUGAGUUGGAGGCAGUUCCACAAAUCCCAGAAAUGGUUGCGACCCUACAUCUACAGAACAACAAUAUCACAGAGGUCAACGUCAACACCUUCUGCAAGGCCAACGACACCUACUACCUUCGACCUAGCCUCAGCGAAGUCCGCCUGGACGGAAAUCCCGUGGUCCUGUCCAAGUAUCCCGACAGCUUCACCUGUAUGAAAGUACUGCCUAUUGGACGGUACCGGUGAAGAACCAACCGUGUAACUACAGUCCCUUUCUAAAGAUUAAGGAAAGAGUUUUGUCCUUUAGUUCUUCGGGGGGACACACCGAAAUAUUCCUGAUAUUGGGGGAACUGGUCUUCAACGUUAUAAUCAAAGUGUGAAAUGGUCAGGUCAAAGUCAAAUUACAAAUUGUAAGCAAACCAUUGUCGUAAGAACAGGGACAACUGGCUAUUAACAUGGAGAAAGGUUUCUACUCUGGCUCGACAGGUGGUCAAAAUUUAGUGAAGAGCAGAACUGUUGAUGACACCUAGAAAUUAAGGCCAAAGAGAAUAUUCGAACAUCCCCGUGAAUUUUAAUUGUCAUGUAGCACCUUCAUUAAAAGUCAAUGAAUCUGGAAUUCCCUGGAAACACUUUUGUAAAGUUUUCUAAAGCCCUGUCUUUAGAUCUGCCAAUUAAUUCCAAGACUGGUAAACAAAAACUCAAUAUUUACGACCCGCAAUGAGGGUGGUGGCUUUGUAGACCUUCGUCACCUUGCCUUAUUUUUUUUAAAUUUUUAAUUUAUAAACUCCACUUGAAUUAAAGUAGGGAAGCAUUUAUCAUCAUUUAUUUAAUCCAUGUAUGAAAUGUAGCCCCCAAACCAUCCAAUUCAGUAAUAAAUGUCUCAUAAAAAUGAUUAACAAUGUGUAUAGGAUAGCUAGUGGUUGUACAGUGAUAUGUGUAUGGCUUAAGAUAUUUGAAUAAAGUUGGACUUUUUUUUUUUUAAA